AUGGACAGCGACGCGCCGGAAAACGUCGAGAAGCAGAUUGCCCCCGAAAACGGGCCCAGCGACGCCGUGCCCGACCCCAUAGCGCCCGGCCAGGAUCUGAGCAAGCUGCCCACGCGAAAGGACGUUUCCCUGCGAGAGUUUCUCAAUAAGAUUGACGAUUAUGCCCCCAUUAUUCCCGAUGCAGUGACGCACUACUACAUGACCAAAGCUGGUCUUCCUCCUCCCCCCCAGACAGAUCCCCGUCUCGCUCGUCUUCUCGCGCUCGCCACGCAAAAGUUCAUCGCCGACGUCGCGGCCGACGCGUAUCAGUACAGCCGCAUCCGCGCGUCCAGCAACACAAACAACCCCAUGGGCACUCUCGGCGCCGCAGCCGGAUUCCCGAUCCCUGGCCAGCAGUCCGGCCAGCCGGGUAGCAAGGAGCAGGGCAAGGGGGGACCUUUGGGUAUCCAGCGACCGGGCUUUGGAGGUGGUGGCCAGGGAGGAAGCCAGAACAGGACGGUGUUGACGAUGGAGGACCUGGGAAUGGCGGUUGGCGAGUAUGGCGUCAAUGUCAAGAGGAGCGAGUUUUACCGAUGA